CCCCGGGUUGACGUGUGAGCCUUGAGGAUAAUCUGUUCAUCUAAAGGAAAAAAAGAAAGGCUGUGCUUCCCUAUGGUUCGUGGCGUGGCUAGUUCGCUUGCUGUGAGGUUCCUCAAAGAAAGUGCUACUGAAGACCUGGAGGGAACAGCACCUGAGAACCAACUGGCAGCGAGAUGGACAGGCCCUUUUGACGUACUGCUAACCACACACUCAUCCGUCAGACUCGCUGGAGUGAAACCGUGGGUGCACCACUCUGGAAUAGAAGUGGCUCCAAUCCCACAGGAGAGUACACCUCUUGACAGACAAGUUGACUGGCCUCUUGACUGGCAGCCUGGGAAGACAAUGCUUCGAUCCGCAUCACCCAGGCUAUGGCAUCCACGACCAGUGUCACAGACUGCUGGAUCUGCCAUCCCAAGCCCUCUUCCAAUCUUGGACAUGGGACCAUUUGGUGCAGCCUCUAAGGUGGUUUUAGAUAACAGAACAGCUCUGGAUUACCUCGUGCUGAACAAGGCGGUGUAUGCGUGGCGGCUGUCACCACCUGCUGCACCUGCGUCAAUACUUCUCAUGUGGAAGCCAGCAUUCAUCAAAUACGGGAACGAGCCCCUGGAUACAUGCCACUGUAGACCAUUAAAUCCCUUUUCUCUUGGAUCCAGUUUUCCUCAGGAAUGUAACGACCUCUGGGAAGAAAAUGCUAUGCUGGUAUCCAUCACUGGUGACAGGAGAAAGAGAUGAUAUGGUGUCUCAAGGUCUGCCGCAGCAGAUGGUCGACAUUCCAAGACCCCUCCCUCCCUUUUAGCCCGUUUGCCUUAUAUAACAGCCUGAAGAUUUUGUAGUUUUGAGAUGGUUCUUUUGGACAUUAGUCCCCCAUCAUCUACCUUGCUGGCAAGCUGUA